GUUGAGUUGAUCGCUGAAUGAGACGCGACAAAAGAAGAAUGAAUGCAUGAAGGUUGUUGCCUACGAAGCGACGUGCUGCUCACAUGCCAGUUGCAUGAGGACGUGGUGCCACCCUGAUCGAACCCUGACUGAGCACGUGCCUCUAACUGCCUAACAAGAAACAUGACGGCCAUCAACGCACCUCAGGACAAAUACAAAUUAGUAUGGAUCAUUUUCUUCAUCCUGGGCUUGGGAACCCUCUUACCGUGGAAUUUCUUCAUGACGGCAACAAUGUACUUCACGAGCAGGCUGAAGGAUGCUGAUCCCACUGAGCCUGCUCAGGCACAAAAUGAGACCAUGGAGGGUGGAGAUACUCGCAAUGUGCUGGAGUCUAAGUUUAACAACGUGAUGACACUCUGCGCCAUGGUGCCUCUGCUUAUUUUCACCUGCCUCAACUCCUUCCUGCACCAGAGGAUUCCUCAGAAGCUUCGGAUCACUGGCAGCCUGGGGGUCAUCCUGGUGGUUUUCCUGUUGACGGCAGUGCUCGUCAAGGUGGACAUGGCCCCACUGCCCUUCUUCACCCUCACUAUGAUCAAAAUCAUCUGCAUCAACUCGUUCGGGGCGAUUCUUCAGGGCAGUCUGUUCGGGCUGGCAGGGAUCCUGCCUGCCUCUUACACCACUCCUAUCAUGAGCGGACAGGGGCUGGCUGGCACCUUCGCUGCUUUCUCCAUGAUCUGCGCACUGGCCAGUGGAUCGGCCCUGCAGGACAGCGCCUUUGGUUACUUCAUCACAGCCUGUGUUGUUAUUCUGUUGGCCAUCAUGUCCUACCUCGCUCUGCCCAGGAUGGAGUUUUUCCAGUACUACAUGGAGAGUAAUGGGUCCAGACCCUCUGCUGACGCGGAGAACAAGAUGGACUUACUCAAUAAAGACGGUGCGGGAGAGAAGCGGCCAGUGGUGAGUCUGGUGGAGGACGAGGCCAAACCCACCGUGUCUGUGUUAAACAUCUUCAAACAGAUCUGGGUGAUGGCUCUGUCAGUGUGCUUCAUCUUCACCGUCACCAUUGGAACAUUCCCAGCCGUAACAGUGGAGGUCAAGUCAACAGUAGCAGAUGGAGGCGCCUGGGAAACUUACUUCAUCCCCGUAUCAUGUUUCCUCCUCUUCAACUUGAUGGACUGGGCUGGCAGGAGUCUGACGGCCGUCUGUAUGUGGCCGGGUAAAGACAGUAUUUGGCUUCCUGUCCUGGUGGGCCUGCGGGUCGUCUUCGUCCCCCUCUUCAUGCUGUGUAACGUUCAGCCUCGUCACUACCUCCCUGUGCUGUUCGCCCACGACGCCUGGUACAUCAUCUUCAUGAUCUUCUUCUCCUUCUCCAACGGAUACCUGGCCAGUCUCUGCAUGUGCUUCGGACCCAAGAAGGUGGCACCGCAUGAGGCGGAGACGGCAGGGGCCAUCAUGGCCUUCUUCUUGUCCCUCGGCUUGGCGCUGGGCGCCGCAGUCUCAUUUGCCUUCCGGGCCAUGAUCUAAAACUCCAGUAGACCCUUCAGUAGACUAGACGACCCGGUCCUCCAACACUCUGCCUGUCUUCACCCGUCAUGGGAGAACCUCGCUUCUCUACAACAAUCUCUGACUGAGCAGAGACAGCACAGAAAACUAGAGGACUUCAGUCUUCUCAGAUGUACAGUCGAGACUCGUCUCAUCCAGCCGUCUCGGCAACAAUAUAAGCUGAAACAUGUUACUGAAUAUUUGUUUUCCUCCAAACUGCAGCAGCGCAGUGUCUGAACUCGAUGCCAUUGAUCAAACAGGUUGUUUCUCUGAGAUGAAUUGAAAGGUGCAGAGAGCAACUGGACGAGCAACUCGAAACCAAAAGUGUUUAAAAUCAGUUGUAGUGGACUUCAGAAAUUCUUCAAGGCGCAUUUUUUCCCCCCAAAUAUCAUAAAUUCUGAUCCAGGCAGUGUUAAUGAAGACGGCCGAACACACCGGAGCUCAGAGCCUCACUUAUAAAACGUUCUUUUUCACUAAAUGGUACAAAAGAGAUGAUAAAAUGUUAAAAUGCAGAGAUGUUUUUAUGUUAUGUAAAAUUCUUACACUUAAUUUGAAACAGUCACAUUGUUUGGAAAUCAUAAGUUAAUGACGGUGUGUAAAUAAAGUCUUAACACAUUUUUAUUAAUGAGGCUCUUAGACUCUGGUGUUCAGCUCCUCUAUAUUAACCACUAAAUUUAAUCAUCAGUUAAAUAGACAUGUUUUGUUUUUUUAAUGACUUGAGUCUGGACUGCUGCAGCUCUUUAACUCUGAUCAAACCAAAUACGUGACGACAACAUGGGAAACUGAUGAACUUUUUUUUUUUAAACUCUUUAUUGAAUUUCAAAGCUUUUCAACAGUCAUUAGUGUACAGACAGUGUUAAGUGAAACAGGCGAAACUGAUGAACUUUGAAGGGAGGUCACGAUCCAUCAGAUGGCCGAUAAAUGUGCCGUGUGUAAACCGAUUCGCUCCCUCGCCCUGCAUUCAGUGUCGACUCUUGGUCACUUUGUAAUGUCCUCAUGACAAAUUGGUAAAUUUUCAAAUAAUGUAAGGACGGACUGAAUCCUAAAGACGAGGUUUUAAUCAAUAAUCUGGGCCACUAACCGCAGAAUAUUUGUUGUCUUAGAGUGGUGUGUGUUUGUAGUUUUAGAUGAAGUUGUACCAACGUGGGUCUGUUUGGUUUAUCUGAAAAUGUCCUUCAGUUUGACUUCAGCAAACAGAAACCGAGGUCUCAUUUUCAGCCCACACGUUGAAGUUUUUACAGUUAAUGUGUCUUCCUGAUAAGCAGAUUUUAUCACAAUGUAUUUUUUUGAACGCAGCAAAAAGAAGCAGCUGUCAGGGACACGAAAUGUGCCAUUUGUGUGUGAGAUUAGGAGACUUUUUUUAAUCAUUGGCUCUGUGGAGCCUGUGACAUUUCUCAUUUAAACGUGUUCUCGUGGAGGAUUAGUUUUAUAUCACAGGUAGUUUUUAGUAUGUUUUUCUUGUUUAUGAAUGGGGAGGAGAUUAAUGAAAGGCCCCGGUGCCUGUCAGUGUUAGAUUUUUGUGGCCAUUUUUUGUUUUUUAAGUCUGCUUUACACAUCAUUAUUGUUAUUAUUAUUAUUGUUAUUAUUAACACCAGCUGUGCACAUCCUAACUACCUGUUUGUUUAAAAGCACAGCGUUGGUCCUGUCUUCUGCACUUUGUGUAUUGGUUGGUAUGGGAGUCACGGACCAUUAAAAUGUUACUUAUAUUUCAGCUUCAAACUGUUCAGUGAUGAAAUAAAACUGUAUUUUUAAGAA